AUGCCCUCGUAUGUUGACCGAGAGAUUCAGACAGCGCAUACGACUGUGUGCGAUACAUGCAAACGACGACUGGGCUCUCGAAGUCUCAUCGUUUGUCUUGAUGGCACGUCGAACAAGAUUGGAGCUAAGAAUACAUUCGUCGUACAAUUAUGCGACCACAUCGAGAAGGAUUGGGGUGUGAAAUUCGACCCCGUCGUGGAUCCAAAAAGAGGGAAGUGCUGUCCGAGGAAGCAAAUGACGUACUAUAGCAGCGGAAUCGGCACCUACGCCGCGACCCAAACUUUCAAGCUCCCGAUUGCAUACUUGAUGCAGAAGUUCAGAUCGAUGGUUGAUCUCGCUUUCGCAUGGCAUUUUGAGGUAAUGGUCAUGAAGGCAUAUCAAUGGCUGUCCAAUAAUUAUGAACCUGAUGAUGAUAUAUAUCUUUUCGGAUUUUCACGUGGAGCCUACCAAGUGCGAACUUUAGCAGGAAUGAUCAACAAGGUUGGCCUGAUCUACGCUGGGAAUGUGGAGCAGAUUCCAUUUGCAUACGAACAAGCGAUCCGAAAGGAUGAAGAUUUCAAUAAAGUCAUGUUUCGGCCCGUCAAGAUUCAGUUCGUCGGGGUUUGGGAUACCGUUUCAUCGAUUGGACCAUUCCGCCACAUGUCGUUGCCUUUGGCGUCGCUAUCUCAGAACGUCAAGUACUAUCGGCAUGCGCUCGCCCUCGAUGAACGUCGUGUUAAGUUCCUAGCAGAAUAUCUAGAUGACAAAGUCCAACCAGAGGCUGCAAGCAAACAAUCGAAGCCAGAUGUCAAGGAAGUCUGGUUCGUUGGGACUCACAGCGACGUUGGUGGCGGUAAUGAAACAGGUGUACAUCUUCCAGCGUUCAGUGUCGACUGGAUGAUCCAGGAGGCUGAAGCAGCUGGACUUCGGUUUCACGCUCAUGAGUACGGUUGGAAUCCUGAGGAAUUAUUUCCUCUUCAUUUUCUGCGACAAGGAUCAGUGCGGAGCUCGGUCAAGGGGUUCUGGCGGCCGUUGGAAUACCUUCCGAUAUCGGCGUGGCAGGACUAUCGCAUUAUAUCUAGUCACUGGAAGGCUAUAACUACCGUCGCUCCCCAUCGAGGUCAGAGUCGUCGGGUUUUGCCCUCUCAAAAGAUCCACAUAUCAGUGAAGCUCUGGUAUCGCACGCACACUGAGUUACCCAAGGCUCUUAAAGGAAAUCCUAAUCUCUUCGCCCAUCUUACAAGGGUUUACACCUUUGGUAUUCCGACGUCUGAGGACAACUACUGGGAGCUCAGAUGGCUAGAUCGAUAUCGCUCUAGUUUAUUGAAAGGAUUCUGGAAGUGGAUGGAUGACCACCGAUCAAAGACCGCGGAGGAAAAGCAGAAAGACGACGACUUGCUCUUGUUAGUGGCAGAGGCACUAAGAAUCAUGGCAUCCACAGCUUCCGGUUUCGAAGAGUUGUACAAUCACUACGAGAAAUUCGAGGAGCUCGUUGAGAGAAGAACCUGUAAACGGGCAAUUCGUCCGAAGGCAAAGGUUAUCAUCAUUGGCCUACUCGCUCAAUUGAUAUACAAUGUCUGCUUGAGAUCUCAGCCUGGAUUAUCGGCCGACAGAUGUUCGCUCAGCGAUAAGCUCAGGACUGUAUUAAUCGCUCUACAGCGACUGACACACGGGAGCGCCAUGGAUCCUCACACUGGUGAGAAAAUCGAGCUUGAUUGCUUGCGGAUCGUAUCGUUUCUGCUUUUUCAUCCGCGUAUUCGGAACACGAUGGUUCAGAUGGAGGAACUUCGAUGGGUCCGGGACGAGUCUCUAUUGAAGAAAGUCCCGUUUUCAACACGAGUCAACCUUGUCGCCGCCACUUCAAUGGCUCACUGGGAACAUCGUAAUAAUCUCAAGCACCUGACUACUGCAACCCCCAGAGUAAUAGCUGCAGUAGUCAUCCUUGUCGAGGAGGAAGAGGUUAUCAUCCACGCUGAGGACUACAGGAGCAAGCUGCCUCGCAAAGUGACGCCCGAGAACCUUCAGGAUCCGAAUCACAAGAUGGCAAUCAUAUUGCGAAAUAUAUAUUUUGCCAGCAAUCAUGAGGAAAAUCGGCAGAACUUUGUGAAAGAGCUCGUCGUGGAGGGUUUACCGGGAUUCAUCCAGACUGUAUGUUGUGCGGUAUCCGAUUUUGAAGGAGACAAGAGCGAGGAAGUAUUUGCGAUUGGUGCGCUCGCGCUUGCAUGCUUGAAACGACUAGCCAGCUACGCGGAUACUCAGAAGGGUUUGCGGGGUCCAGAGACGGGCGAAGCGCUGCUUCAGGCAUUGAAGGCUGCGAACGACUUGGUGCAACCCAAACUCACGCUUCCAUGGGCAGAGUGGAUCGGGGCUUUCACAUUUCAAGCGACCUCGAUUAAAGCCAUGGGAGAGAUGCUUUCAAGGUUGAAUCCAUCUUGGGUAAUAGCCAAUCGAGAUGAACUAGUGGUUCAGCUUGAUCGCGCUAUCGAAUGCACGAACGGACGGGAGAUGAAGACUAAACAACAGGCACAUAUACGGCAGUUAGCGGAUGCCAAAGGACGAGCAGAAGCGGCACUGCAGUUUCUGGAAAGAAUCCAGGCAGGCCAUGCUGGACAAUCGUAAUGAAAUGCUCACUACGGCUCUUGUGCGUUUCCUUUGAAGUAUCCUGACACGGAAUUUGCAAGCAAUCGAUAACACCGUAUUGUCACGUUC